AUGAAACUAUUUGUCUUUACAGCAGCUUUCCUCGAGGCAGCACAAAGCGGCUCCAAAAGAUCAAACUUUGAUAAAUGCAAUACACCUACACUUGGAUCUACUCUGGAGACCGCGACAUUCACGCACACAAACUCGUCACGAUAUAUAUACCCUCCAAAGUAUGCGAUGAUCUGGGGCUAA